AUGCUUUCAGGCGAGUGGGAUGGCUGUGUUGGCUCACCAAAGCUCCUGUUGCAUGCUGUUCAAUGUGGUUUCUACCUCAUUAAGGAGAGGUUAGAAGCCAUAGAUCAAAAGAGAUCUGAUGAAGAUGAUGAGUGGAGGCUGAAGUUAGGCAAAGCUCUCUCGAUAUUGGAUUGGUGCAAGUUAGUGAGCCACAAGACUCCUGCAGGUUGCUGUGGUAGUCUCAAUUCCUCAGAGGUCUUCAGGAUGAGGAGCAGUGGCAAAAAUCAGCAAACUCAGGUCAUAAAACGCAAAGCAGCUCUGCUAUGGGAGACAAAGAAACCCUUCUUCAUUGAGGAGGUAGAGUUCGCAACCCCUAAGGCCCAUGAAGUUUGUAUUAAGAACAUGGACACAGGAAUUUGUCACUCAGAUGAUAAUGUGGUUAGUGGAAAGUCCACAUCUCCUCUUCCUGUGAUCCUAGGCCAUGAGGCAGCUGGCAUUGUGGAGAGCAUUGGAGAAGAGGUGACUUCAGUACAACCAGGUGAUAAAGUCACCCCACUGUUUACUCCCCAGUGUGGAAAAUGCAGAAGUUGUAAACACCCAGAAAGCAACCUCUGCGAGAAAAUGAACAGUAUUUUACAGCCUCAGGGCAAACUGCAGGAUGGUACCAGCAGGUUCACCUGCAGAGGAAAGCCCAUCCGCCACUUCAUGAGUACCAGCACCUUCUCCCAGUACACAGUGGUGGAUGAGAUCUCCGUGGCCAAAAUCGAUGCAGCCUCACCCCUGGAGAAAGUCUGUCUCAUUGGCUGUGGAUUUUCUACCGGUUAUGGAUCUGCUGUCAAAGUUGCAAAGGUCACCCAGGGCUCCACUUGUGCUGUGUUUGGCCUGGGUGGAGUCAGCCUCUCUGUUAUCAUUGGAUGCAAAGCAGCAAGAGCAACCAGGUUCAUUGCAGUAGACAUCAACAAAGACAAAUUUGCAAAGGCCAGAGAGGUGGGUGCCAGUGAGUGUGUCAACCCUCAAGACUAUGACAAACCUAUUGAGGAGGUGCACCAGGAAAUGAGCAAUGGAGGUGUGGAUUUCUCCUUUGAAGUUGUUGGUCGACUAGAUACCAUGGCCUCUGCCUUGCUCUGCUGUGAUAAGCCAUUUGGAGUGAGUGUCAUUGUAGGAGCCCCUCCUGUUUCUCAGACCCUCCCUGUGCACCCCAUGCUGCUGUUGACUGGACGAACAUGGAUAGGAACCAUCUUUGGUAGCUUUAAGAGUAAAGAUUCUGUCCCCAAACUUGUGACAGAUUUUAUGGCAAAGAAUUUUCCACUGGAUCCAAUAAUAACCAAUGUUUUACCUUUUGAAAAGAUAAAUGAAGGCUUUGACCUGUUUCCCUCUGGAAAGAGAUGGGAUCCCCAUGGAACCCAGGUUGGACUUCAACUUGGAUCCUCCAUCCUCAACCUCCUGGUGCUGGGGUUAGGGUUAGGGUUCAGGCCCCCUAUUCACUUUCUGAACUUUACCCCCAUGAUGAGGUUGCCUGUUAGUGAAGAACCUGUGUGCUGUUACUUUGAAGGAUAG